AUGAAUGAAGAAUACGACGUUAUUGUUCUUGGUACAGGUUUAACCGAGUGCGUUAUUUCUGGCUUGUUGUCUGUGUCAGGCAAGAAGGUUCUCCACAUGGAUCGUAACAAUUAUUAUGGUGGUGAAUCUGCCUCUCUCAACUUGGAACAAAUGUAUGAAAAGUUUAGAGGAAAGGACGUCAAACCACCAACAAGUCUUGGUAGAAGUAGAGAUUAUAACAUUGACUUGAUUCCAAAAUUCUUGAUGGCUAACGGUAAGCUCGUCAAGAUCCUCAGAAUGACUGGCGUUACUCGUUAUAAUAUGGAAUUUGCUUUGGUUGAAGGAAGUUUUGUCUAUCACAAGGGUGCUAUUGAAAAGGUUCCAGUCACUCCAACUGAAGUUGCCAAGAGUAAUUUGUUGGGAUUCUUUGAAAAGUUGAAGGCCAAGAAGCUUUUAUCUUACUUGUAUGACUAUGAACAAACCAAUCCAAAGACUCAUCAAGGAUUUGACUGUUCAAAGGAUUCUAUUGAUAAGGUCUUUAAGUAUUUUGGUGUUUCUGAUGAUACUACUGACUUUUUGGGACAUGCUGUUGCAUUGUACACUGACGAUUCAUAUAUGACUACUGUUCCAGCUAUUCAAGUCAUUGAAAGAAUGAAGCUCUAUGAAGAAUCACUUAACAUGUACGGAAAAUCACCAUACGUUUAUCCAAUGUAUGGUUUGGGUGAAUUACCACAAGUUUUUGCUCGUUUGUGUGCUGUUUAUGGUGGUACUUAUAUGUUAGACAAGCCAGUUGAUAAGGUUCUCUAUGAUGAAAGUGGACGUGUCAUUGGUGUUGAAUCUGAAGGUCAAGUUGCCAAGGCCAAGAUGGUUGUUGGUGAUCCAAGCUACUUCCAAGAUAAGGUCCGUAAGACUGGUAAAGUUAUUCGUGUAAUUUGUAUCCUUUCCCAUCCAGUUAAGAGUACUGGUGAUGCCAAGUCUGUCCAAAUUAUCUUCCCACAAAAAUCAACUGGUCGUAAGCAUGAUAUUUAUUGUUGUGUGACAUCAUUCACUCACCACGUUGCUCCAAACGGAAAGUAUAUUGCUAUCGUUUCUACUACUGUUGAAACUGAAAAUCCAGAGGCUGAAGUUAAGGUUGUUCUUGACAUUUUGAAUCCAAUCGAAGAAAAGUUUGUUUACAUUCUUGAUACUUUUGCUCCAUUGGAUGAUGGUAAGAAUGAUGGUGUCUUUAUUUCAAAGUCUUAUGAUGCUACUACUCACUAUGAAUCAUGUGCUGAAGAUAUUGUCUCUAUCCACGAAAGAAUUUCUGGAGAAAAGUUCGACUGGAAUAAGAAGCCACCACAACCAGAAGAACAAUAAUUGUAGAAAUCUGUAUUAAAAUAUUUAUCGAAUUGUAAAAUUAUAAUAUAAAAUAAUGUUUAUUCU